AUGCCAAGCACAUCAACUUCACCAACGUCACAAACGCCAUCUUCACCGUCACAAACACCAGCUUCACCAACGUCACAAACACCAACUUCACCAACGUCACAAACACCAACUUCACCAACGUCACAUACACUAGCUUCAACAGUCACAACAGCAGACUCCCAAGGAUUACAACUAUUGAAUGCUCAUCUUCCUAAGGUAAAAAUGAGAGGUCGCCCCAAAGAGUCAAGGGUAUUAGGACGAUUUAAUAAUUCAAAAGUUGCUAAGGUUGGAGUCAAACGGAAAGCAAACCACGUGUCCACCAAGAGAAGCAAGAGAACGGAAAUCUGUAACGAGUCAAAUGAUGUAUAA